AUGGCCUCCGAAGCCCCUAAGGAUAUUCCCGUGCGGCCUGCCGCCGAGGCUAAAUCCUCUGAAGCCGCUGCCCCGCUAAAAGAUGCGAAGAAGCAGGCCCCGAGCCCUGAUGUUCUCCCGGAGGUCAUGAUCGAGCGAAACAAGCUCUUCGAGGAACUCUGGCAACAACACCUCGAAGAGACCAAGAACCGUCCCCACUCCGAAAUCGCCGUUUCCCUCGACAUUGGUGACGGUAACCCCUCCUCGGUCCCGGCCAAAGCCUUCGAGACCACUCCUGGUUCUUUCUUACGCGAUGUCCCUAAGGAUAUCGCCGCCGAUAUUGUCAUUGCCAAGGUCGAUGGAGAGUUGUGGGACUUGAACCGCCCUCUAGAAAAGGACUGUAAGGUUCUGCUUGUUCCUUUCAGCAACCCCGAGGCUCGUGAGGUAUUCUGGCAUUCGAGCGCCCAUGUGCUCGGCGAGGCCACAGAAUGUGAAUACGGUUGUCUUCUUUCCCACGGCCCCCCCACUCCCCAAGGUUUCUUCUACGAUAUGGCUAUGCCCGAUGGACGAGUUGUUCGCGAGAGCGAUUGGAAGUCGCUUGACACUAAGGCUUCCCGCAUCUUUAAGGAGAAGCAGAGCUUCGACCGCUUGGAGGUUUCUAAGGAGAACCUCAAGAAGAUGUUCGCCUACAGUAAAUACAAGCUGCACUACAUUGACAAGCUCGUUACCGGCGAGAGCAGCACGGUCUAUCGUUGCGGUACCCUUGUCGAUCUCUGCCGAGGCCCUCACAUCCAGAACACUGGCAAGAUCAAGACCUUCAAGAUCAUGCAGAACUCGUCUGCCUACUUCCUUGGGGACCAGACUAAUGAUUCCCUACAGCGUAUCCGCGGUGUUGCUUUCCCCGACAAGAAGUUAAUGGCUGAGCACCUGAAGUUCUUGGAAGAGGCCGAGCGACGUAAUCACUUACGAAUUGGAAAGGAGCAAGAGCUCUUCUUCUUCGAUGAUGUGUCUCCCGGCUGUCCUUUCCUCCUUCCCAACGGAACCAAGAUUUUCAAUCAAAUCCAGUCCCUUCUUCGUACUGAGUACCGCAAGCGCGGCUACCAGGAGGUCCAGACCCCUAACAUGUUUGAUGUUAGCCUCUGGAAGACCUCUGGUCACUGGGCUCACUACAAGGAUGACAUGUUCUCUCUCGCUCACGACGGUGACAAAGUCGAAGGGGCCAAAGCCGACGGGGCGAAAUCCUAUAGUUUGAAGCCGAUGAACUGCCCGCGAUUACCGCGAGCUGCCUAUGCGUAUUGCAGACUUUGGCGUUUACAUCGCAACGAGUCGUCGGGUUCGCUUUCGGGUCUCACGAGGGUCAGGAAAUUCCAGCAAGAUGACAGUCAUAUCAUCUGCGCUCCGAACCAGAUUAUGGCCGAGGUGGAAGGCCUAUUCUCCUUUCUCGAGUCUAUCUAUGGAUUAUUCGGCUUUUCAUUCAAAUUGAAGCUGUCUACCCGCCCCGAGAAGUAUAUGGGCACGUUGGAGACGUGGGACCACGCUGAGGACCAGCUUAAGAAGGCCUUGACUAAGUUUAAGGGUAAUGAUUGGACCAUUGAUGAGGGUGACGGUGCCUUUUACGGACCCAAGAUUGAUAUCACAAUUUCCGACGCCCUUAAGCGUGAAUUCCAGUGCGCCACUAUCCAACUCGAUUACCAGGCCCCUCUCAACUUCAAGCUGGAGUAUAUGAGCAACGAGGGUGGCCAAGCCACCGCAGAAACUCCCAAGGAGGGCGAGACUCAGGCUGAGAACAAGAACGAGCCCGGUCCUGGUCGUGCCCGGCCCGUUGUUAUUCACCGGGCCAUCAUCGGCAGUUUCGAACGUUUCCUAGGUAUCCUGAUUGAGCACUUCGGCGGCAAGUGGCCCUUCUGGAUCAGCCCUCGCCAGAUCCUGAUCGUUCCCGUUAUGCCCGCCGUGAACGACUACGUCGAGGAACUGCAGGAGAUCCUGCGCGGUGACAAGCUGAAUGUCGAUAUUGACAUCAGCGGUAACACCAUGCAGAAGAAGAUCCGUACUGGUCAGCUUGCUCAGUACAACUUCAUCUUCGUUGUUGGCGCUUCUGAGAAGGAAUCCCGCACCAUCAACGUCCGCAACCGUGAUGACCCGGCAACCCAGAAGAUGGGUGCCAUGGUGCCCCUCGAGGAGGCUCGUGCCAAGCUCAAGGCUUUGCGCAAGGAGCGCCGGCUGGAGAACAUGCUGUAA